AGGCGCUCGGGAAAGUGUGUGUGUGUGUGUGUCUGCCUGCCUGCCUGCCUGCAGGCGCUGGGGAAAGUGUGUGUGUGUGUGUGUGUGUCUGCCUGCCUGCCUGCCUGCCUGCCUGCCUGCAGGUGCUGGGGAAAGUGUGUGUGUGUGUCUGCCUGCCUGCAGGCGCUGGGGAAAGUGUGUGUGUGUGUGUCUGCCUGCCUGCAGGCGCUGGGGAAAGUGUGUGUGUGUGUGUGUGUGUGUCUGCCUGCCUGCCUGCAGGCGCUGGGGCAAGUGUGUGUGUGUGUGUGUGUCUGCAUGCCUGCCCGCCUGCAGGCGCAGUGGAAAGUGUGUGUGUCUGCCUGCCUGCCUGCCUGCAGGCGCUGGGGAAAGUGUGUGUGUGUGUGUGUGUCUGCCUGCCUGCCUGCCUGCCUGCCUCCAGGCGCUGGGGAAAGUGUGUGUGUGUGUCUGCCUGCCUGCAGGCGCUGGGGAAAGUGUGUGUGUGUGUGUGUCUGCCUGCCUGCAGGCGCUGGGGAAAGUGUGUGUGUGUGUGUGUCUGCCUGCCUGCCUGCAGGCGCUGGGGAAAGUGUGUGUGUGUGUGUCCGCAUGCCUGCCCGCCUGCAGGCGCAGGGGAAAGUGUGUGUGUGUGUCUGCCUUCCUGCCUGCAGGCGCCGGGGAAAGUGUGUGUGUGUGUGCGUCUGCCUGCCUGCCUGCCUGCAGGCGCCGGGGAAAGUGUAUGUGUGUGUGUGCCUGCCUUCCUGCCUGCAGGCGCAGAGGGAAGUGUGUGUGUGUGUGUGUCUCUCUCUCUGCAGGUGCAGGGAGGAGUGUGUGUGUGUGUGUGUGUGUGUGUCUCUCUCUCUGCAGGUGCAGGGAGGAGUGUGUGUGUGUGUGUGUGUGUGUCUGCAUGCCUGCCUGCAGGCGCAGGGGAAAGUGUGUGUGUGUGUGUCUGCAUGCCUGCCUGCAGGCGCAGGGGAAAGUGUGUGUGUGUGUGUGUCUGCAUGCCUGCCUGCAGGCGCAGGGGAAAGUGUGUGUGUGUGUGUGUCUGCAUGCCUGCCUGCAGGCGCAGGGGAAAGUGUGUGUGUGUGUCUGCAUGCCUGCCUGCAGGCGCAGGGGAAAGUGUGUGUGUGUGUCUGCCUGUCUGCCUGCAGGCGCAGGGGAAAGUGUGUGUGUGUGUCUGCCUGCCUGCCUGCCUGCUGGCUCCGGGGAAAGUGUGUGUGUGUGUGUGCCUGCCUGCCUGCCUGCAGGCGCAGGGGGAAGUGUGUGUGUGUGUGUGUGUGUGUGUCUCCCUCUCUGCAGGUGCAGGGGGGAGUGUGUGUGUGUCUGUGCAGGUGCAGGGGCAAGUGUGUGUGUGUGUCUUCAGGUGCAGGGGCAAGUGUGUGUGUGUGUGUGUGUGUGUCUUCAGGUGCAGGGGCAAGUUGUGUGUGUGUGUCUUCAGGUGCAGGGGCAAGUGUGUGUGUGUGUGUGUGUGUGUGUCUUCAGGUGCAGGGGCAAGUGUGUGUGUGUGUGUGUGUGUGUGUGUGUGUGUGUGUGUGUCUUCAGGUGCAGGGGCAAGUGUGUGUGUGUGUGUCUGCAGGUGCAGGGGGGUAGUGUGUGUGUGUGUGUGUCUGCGGGUGCAGGGGGGUAGUGUGUGUGUGUGUGUGUGUCUGCGGGUGCAGAGGGGUAGUGUGUGUGUGUGUGUCUGCGGGUGCAGAGGGGUAGUGUGUGUGUGUGUGUGUCUGCGGGUGCAGAGGGGGAGUGUGUGUGUGUGUGUGUC